AACCUCUUUUACAAAUGGGUAUCUACUAGAGAGCUGAAUACAAUACAGUAGAGACUAGAGAGAGAGAGAGAGAGAGAGAGAGAGCAAGCAGAAGAAGCAUCUAGCUUCCUUGCUCGCAUCAUCACAGUUCUACCUGCUUUAUUCAUGUUCAAGAAAGAGAAAGCAAUUUUGCAUUAGUGUUAUCAGUUAUUGGAUUGAGGUUGUGUGAGCUGGGACUAUAAUAUAGUGCGCCCUGCAGAAGGUUUGGUUGGCCAAUGGUGUCGCUGGAUUAAUUAUUCUUUGCGUGCUACGUCGUCAGGGACCAUGCCUCGUAAAGUAAACUAUGGAGUUGAUUAUGAUGAAGAAGUUAAUGACUAUGAAGGUUAUGAUUAUGAUUAUGAUUAUGAUUAUGAUUAUGAUGACGACAUAGAAGACAAUGGGAAAGCACCUCAGUCAGAGCAAGAAACUUCUAAGCGUGGGCUUUGGCGUUGCUCUGUAUGCACUUAUGAUAAUGAUGAGGGUUUGUUUGCUUGUGAUAUUUGUGGGGUGCUAAAUCCUUCAAAAACUGGCACCAAUAUUGAUAAGCAAACAGUUAAGGGCAUGUGCAAAAAUUCUGGAGCAUCCAAAAUGGCCAAGUCUCUUUUUGCAUCAUUGCCGCAACGGAUACCCAAAAAGGCUGUAUCAUUACAAAAGCAGAAUGAUGUUUUUGUGAAGGAAGAGGGCAAUAACUCCCACAAGCAUAUGAAUAUCCAAGGACAAUUUCAUGAAUUCCAUAAGGCUUUUAGUAUUCAUAGCUAUCACCAUGUUAAUAUAGCCCCUUUCAAGUUUGACGUUCCAUCCCCAGAUGAUUUGGUUUCUAAUGGACUACGCUCCUCUAAAAUGGGUUCAAAAGCCAACUUUAAUGACAUGAAUUUUUCAAGAGUUUCCUCAGGCAUCACUGGGAAGAAUGGUCUACUUAAUAUAAAAUCAAAUGCUGAAAGGUCAGAUGUGUCAUCAUCAUUGAUGCUGAAAGGCAAACAAGAUAGUUUUGAUGACAACAAUUGUUCAAAGAACAAGGCUCACAAUGUACAGUCAAGUCUAAAAAUUUCGGAUGGCUCAUUUGCAACCAUGCCAAAAGGCAGACAUCAUAAUGUGGACGAGGGUAGUUGUUCAAAGAAUGAUAUGGCCAACAUACUAUCAAGUGAUAAAAGCUCUCAUAGCUCUCCUGCAUUGAAACUGAAAGGCAGACAUGAAAUUACAGGUGAUAGCAGUAGUUCUUUGAUUAGUGGGGGCAAGCCACAAAGCCUUAACAGUAGUUUGAACAAAAUGGCUCUUGGUGAGGGAUCUGGAUUUUCGAAUAAUGUGAACGCUAGAGGGACUCGUUCACAAGCAGAGUAUAAACCCGAAAAGUGGAUGCUCAAUGACCAAGCUGAAGAUACAUUGAUUCAACUGAAUCUUGCGAUUGUAGGUCAUGUUGAUUCUGGAAAAUCAACACUCUCUGGUAGACUUCUACACCUUUUGGGGCGAAUAUCCCAAAAAGAGAUGCACAAAUAUGAAAAGGAGGCAAAGUUACAGGGCAAGGGGUCCUUUGCUUAUGCUUGGGCAUUGGAUGAGAGCGCUGAAGAAAGGGAAAGGGGAAUAACCAUGACGGUUGCUGUUGCUUAUUUUGAUUCCAAAAAAUAUCAUAUUGUUGUGCUUGACUCACCAGGCCAUAAGGAUUUUGUUCCAAACAUGAUAUCUGGGGCAACACAAGCUGAUGCUGCAAUUCUUGUGAUAGAUGCCUCAAUCGGUGCAUUUGAAGCUGGUAUGGACGGUGCCAAGGGACAAACACGGGAACAUGCACAACUUAUCAGAAGUUUUGGUGUUGAUCAAAUUAUAGUUGCAAUUAACAAAAUGGAUGUUGUGGAUUACUCAAAGGAACGGUUUGAUUUAAUUAAACAGCAACUUGGAACAUUUCUCCGUUCUUGUGGUUUUAGAGAUCCUUCUAUAAUGUGGAUCCCAUUGAGUGCCAUGGAAAAUCAAAAUUUGGUGGUGGCUUCUUCUGAUGUUCGUCUGUUGUCUUGGUAUCACGGACCUUAUCUGUUGGAUGCAAUUGAUUCCCUCCAACCUCCCACAAGAGACUUGUCAAAGCCUCUGCUUAUGCCUAUAUGUGAUGUUAUUAAAUUGCCUUCACUAGGGCAGGUGUCUGCCUGUGGUAAAGUAGAAGCUGGAGCCCUUCGGAGUGGAUCCAAGGUUCUAGUUAUGCCAUCAGGGGCUGUGGGGUCAGUACGUUCCUUAGAGCGUGACUCUCAGGCUUGUACUUCUGCAAGAGCUGGAGACAAUGUGGCUGUUAGUCUGCAAGGCAUUGAUGCAGGGAAUGUGAUGGCCGGGGGUGUGCUAUGUCACCCAGAUUUUCCUGUUGCCGUUGCAAAACGUUUGGAACUGAAGGUCCUUGUCUUGGAUAUUACAACCCCAAUUUUAAUUGGUUCACAGUUGGAAUUUCAUAUACACCAUGCAAAGGAAGCUGGAAGAGUGGCCAAAAUAUUGUCUUUGCUUGAUCCUAAGACUGGCAAGGUGACAAAGAAGACACCGCGCUGUCUUACUGCAAAGCAGAGUGCAGUUGUUGAGGUGGCUUUGCAGGGACCAGUGUGUGUGGAUGAGUUUUCAAAUUGUAAAGCUCUUGGGAGGGUGUUUUUAAGAGCAUUAGGAAGAACUAUUGCUGUUGGGAUUGUAACCCGAAUAAUUGAGUCUCAGGAGUAGUUGAUCUUACUUGAGAGAUUAUCUUACUUAAGACAUUCCUCAAUAUUUCAGAUCCUUUACUUGACAUACUGUUAAAACUUUUUUUUUGUUGCCCUUUUCUCUCUUUAGAGGUCAUAUGCUCCGGAAACCUAGUGAUAGAAGCCAAUGUUGGGCUCAUGAGUUUUCUCAAAAUUUUAUCAGCGGAAAUCUUCUUUGGGCAUGUUUAUUAUAUGUGCAUUAUACAAGAUAGGUAUAGAUGGAAAAUACCUGUAUUAUGUAAUAUUUAUUGAUUCUUUUUUGCAAUAUAUUCCUGAGUUAGAAGGUGUA